AUGACUUUUUCAAAAUUCUCCAUGCUAACCCCAGAAGUGGCUACUACUGCUGGCGGAGAUGCAGUGACGGGAUCUCGCUCUCUUUUGCCUUCAUCGGAGGCCGAAGGCUGGGCUGGACAGCCUCUUCCGUGGAAUUUUUCCCCUACCUCAAGCUCUCAUGCGUCUUCGGGAAAUGCAAGGUCAAACACUCCUCCAGGACACUCCACAACUGUCAACCCUAUUACUCGAAGUGAAACUCUAUCCUAUUUAGCAUCAGCCCAACCAUCCGCUUCAAACAUGCCAAAUAGCAACCGGGUUUCAAACUGGAGUCAUUAUCACACAACCUGUGAUUCUCCAGCGUCUACCACUGCGUUUGACAAUGGUGUUGGAAGAAACAGUCAGCAUGCAUCUACUAUUAAUGGAAUCACAAACGGAAGUAGUGCACACAAUGGGCUAUCCGCGCAGGAACCGCAGAUGAAUCCAUUUGACCAUGGCAACACCCUCCCAUUCAGGGAAAACUCCAGGUCAAAUGAUCAAUCCUCCUACUUUCCUCCAGCCUCGUCCAUAAACCUGGCUUCAAUGACUCCCUCCUCGAGCCAUUUUGGAGGUGGCACUCCACGUCAUUCGAUAUCAACAGGUCACGGUAGGCCCAGUUUAGCUGAAGAUGAGCUUGCAGCCGCCUUAUCAAAAAUAGACGUCAAGGUUGCUGGCGCUUUAGCUGAACACCGACAACAAGCUCUACCUCCAAGACCGUCAUUCCAACAACGCGCAUCGUAUGACGCUGUCUUGUCCCGUGCCAAUUAUAACAUCGAGCCUGAGGAGCCCCGUACCCAGUACGCAACAUACUCCCGAACAAUCUCAUCUCCUUCCGUCACUUUACCCUCCCUCAUUAGAAGACAAGAUCGCACCCACCCAACUCUCGAGCGCAGCUCUAUCCCCGGCUACUAUUCUAGCGUCGAUGGUCAGAUCCAGGAGUCCAUGAGCCAGGGGGUGUACUCUCCAAGAUACCGUUACGCUGCUGGUGAGCGUAGCCCUGAAGAACAAGCUGAACUCCUAGCCCAGGGUUUGCGAGCAACCUUGCAACAGCAGCAGGAGCAAGCUUACCCUUCCGUGGCCAUGAGCCAGCUCCCUGGAGGUAUUCACCUUCCUCCAGGCUACAGAUAUGCGGCAUUCCAACCCCCCCAGCCUAACGGUAUCCAUCCCGUGCAACUACCCCUCUACUCUAUGGGCCCAUUCAGCCCUGUUUCCCCGUCGCUGAUUCGGCCUUCCACUUCAGACCAAGAUUCCAACCAGGUGACGCGUAGUCCAGUCCUACAGGAGUUCAGAGCAAACAACAAGGGGAACAAACGAUAUGAGUUGAAAGAUAUCUACGGCCACAUUGUCGAAUUCUGUGGUGAUCAGCAUGGCUCUCGCUUCAUUCAGCUCAAGCUUGAAACUGCGAACAGCGACGAAAAGGAGCGGGUGUUCCAGGAGAUUAGGCCCAAUGCCGUACAGCUUAUGAUGGACUUGUUUGGCAAUUACGUUAUCCAAAAAUUGUUUGAGCAUGGCAACCAGGCACAGAAACGUCUGCUCGCACAGCAGAUGCAAGGCAACAUUUGCUCACUCUCUGUACAGACGUAUGGAUGCCGCACUGUUCAAAAGGCACUUGAGCAUGUCCUCGUUGAGCAGCAAGCCACCAUGGUCAAGGAACUUGAAGACAGCGUGAUGAAGUGCGUUACCAAUCAAAACGGAAACCAUGUCAUCCAAAAGGCAAUUGAACGUGUUCCAAAUCAGCACAUUCGAUUUAUCAUUGAUGAAUUCCGUGGCCAAAUUCCACGUUACGCCACUCAUACUUACGGAUGUCGGGUCAUCCAGCGCAUGCUAGAGCACUGUCCUCUGGCUGACCGUUUAUCCAUUCUCGCUGAGAUUCACGCUUGUACUCCAAGCCUCAUUUCCGACCAAUACGGCAAUUAUGUCAUCCAGCACAUAAUCGAGUUUGGAGAAGAGGUUGACAAGAACAAGAUCAUUUCCAUUGUCCUUGGCCAAGCAGUUCAUUUUUCCAAGCACAAGUUUGCCAGCAACGUGGUAGAGAAGAGCAUCACCUUCGGCACUAUGGAGCAACGUUUAGCCAUUACCCGGAUUCUGUCUGCUGUCAACGAGAAGGGAGAGGGCCCCUUGCUUGGCCUGAUGCGCGACCAAUACGGCAACUAUGUCAUUCAAAAAUCCCUCAGCGUCUUGGAAGGUGACGACUACAAGAUGCUUGUAAGCCGAAUUCUGCCAUUGAUGCCUUUGCUGAAAAAGUGCAGCUACGGCAAACAGAUUGCCGGCAUUGAAGGGCAUCUUCACAAAUAUGGAAACCCAGCUCCUUCAUCCCCAACCUCGCCUGCGGAGAGCGGCAAACCACUAGGCUUGGAUGUUGACAAUAACGCGAACAGUCUCGCAUACACUCGUGAUAACAGUCCUGUCUACGAUCUUUCCCCCGUCACCGCAGACAGGAGCUCUAUACCAAGCGCAAACACUAGCGUAUUAGAAGAAUGUCCGAAUGAAAUGGCAAAGGAGGACGGCAGUGCCAUCCUCAAGCCAGCAGCAGUCAUAUAA